AUUUAAUUAAACACCAUGAAGUACUAUAAAUAGGCCUCAUAUCCCUCUUAUUCUACUCACCCACACUCAUUGUUUUCUUUUAUCUUCUCAUUCAUAUCCUCCAGGGAAUCCCAAUGGCAAGUGUUGAGGUUGAAUCAGCUACAAACACCUUGCCAGAGAAGGUAGAAGUACCAAAAGAGGUAGAGGCAGUAGUUGCUACACCACCUGCACCCGAGCCAGAGGUGGAGGAGUCGACAAAGGCAACGAUAGAGCCACUCAAUGCUGAUGCUCCACCACCAGUUGAAGAUCCGCCCACCGUCCAAGACCCCGUUGAAAUUGAGAGUAAAGGGGUGGAUGAGCCUAAAACCGACGAGGAACAAGUUAAGGCGGAUACAACUCAAGAAGAGGUGAAGGAAACUGAGGCAGUCCCAGAAGAAACUCUGGCCACCACAGAUGCUGUCAUAGAGGAAACUGCGGAGGCUGUCAUAGAAGAAACUACGACCACAGUGACCGAGGAGGCCGAAAAACCGGUGGAGGAAGAUCAAACACCAACUGAGGUUGUUGUGAACACUGAAGUUGCAAAAGAGGAAUAGUGUGAGGUCUGCAUUUGGAUAUCAAGUUAUGUUAAGUACCUUGUAUUUUUUGUUAUUGGCAAGCUUUGUUUUCUAUUGUGUGAUGUUCAAAAUCCAAGUGGCAUGAAUUGAUUGGAUCAAAAGACAUGAAGUUUCACUAUGGAUUUUUUUAUUUUUAAUACCGGGUUCUGUUUCGAUA